UCUUCUUCUGCUUAAGUUUUACUCUGCUCAGCGGCAGUGUUUGGUGUUUCGAGAAUCUAAUCAUAAGAAGAAAAAUAAAGAAAUGGAGAAGGGAAGCAGGCAAGUAGUUGUUUCAGCUUUGCAAUUCGCUUGCACCGACGAUGUCCCCACAAAUCUCGCCACUGCCGAGAGGCUGGUUAGGGCUGCUCAUGCUAAGGGUGCAAAUAUCAUUCUUAUUCAGGAACUCUUUGAGGGCUAUUACUUCUGUCAAGCACAAAGGGAGGAUUUCUUUAAGCGUGCUAAGCCUUAUAAGGAUCACCCUACCAUUAAAAGGUUGCAGGAACUCGCAAAAGAGUUGAGUGUGGUGCUACCAGUUAGUUUCUUUGAAGAGGCAAACAAUGCCUAUUUCAAUUCUAUAGCCGUCAUUGAUGCUGAUGGGACCGAUCUUGGACUCUAUAGGAAAUCUCAUAUCCCUGAUGGACCAGGAUACCAGGAAAAGUUCUACUUUAAUCCGGGAGAUACAGGCUUUAAGGUUUUCCAGACUAAAUUCGCAAAGAUCGGAGUUGCAAUAUGUUGGGAUCAGUGGUUUCCGGAGGCUGCCCGUUGUAUGGUUUUGCAAGGAGCUGAGAUAUUGUUUUACCCUACGGCUAUCGGCUCCGAACCGCAGGAUGAAGGACUUGAUUCUCGUGAGCAUUGGCAGCAUGUGAUGCAAGGGCAUGCUGGUGCAAAUUUGGUACCUCUAGUAGCUUCAAACCGCAUCGGAAAGGAAACCAUUGAGACAGAGCAUGGGAAGAGUCGGAUUACAUUCUACGGCCAUUCCUUUAUAGCAGGACCAACUGGGGAAAUUGUUGCAGCAGCUAAUGACAAGGAUGAAGCUGUUCUCAUUGCACCGUUUGAUCUUGACAAAAUCAAAGCCAAAAGAAGUUGCUGGGGGGUGUUUCGUGAUCGACGUCCCGAUUUAUACAAGUUGCUUCUGACAUUAGAUGGCAGCAAACCUUCACCAUGACUAAGAGCCCCCUUAUGCAGGGUCUUAAUUUUAAACAUUUCAUUGUUUCAGCUUUAUUUUAAGUAGAUAUUUUGGACAACUCCAGUAUUAGUUUUAUUAAGGGUUGAGUUUAAGGCUAAGAACAAAAGUUUACUUGCAGAAAAGUAACUGUGUUUAGUCUUAUAAAUAAGCUGUGACAGGUGACACCCAGAUCUAUCUUAUUAUUAUCUUUGAAUUAAUAAAGAAAAACUAGUGGUUUUUAAA